UUAUCUUUUUCCACUUCGGUUCAUACCUCAUUCCCCUCAAAACAAUAUGAAUUUCGCUCCCUACCAAGACGACUCGCCCGAGGUCGAACGCGCCUUUUCUCCUCCGCUCGCCGAUGGUCGUCAAUCGAAAUCCCCUCGCGGGUCUCCAACAAUCCCCGGAUUCACACAAACAGGGCUUCCAUCGCCCAGUCACUUUGGCGGCGGAGUUCAGCAGACUUCAACCGGUGGAUUUGGGAAUACCGGGUUUGGUUCUGAUGUUGAGGCCGGGCGACCACACCUAGGAGCGUUCGAUACAAGUCUCCCGCUGCGCAUGGAUGUUGAAGCGAUGCUGGCAUACUUGCUUCUGCCUCCAGCAGGGGGUGUUUUUCUGCUGUUGGUUGAGCAUAAGAGCGAUUAUGUCCGAUUCCACGCCUGGCAAUCGAGCAUGGUCUUUACUGUCCUUUUUAUAACCCACCUGAUCUUUUCGUGGUCGAGCUUUCUCUCAUGGCUUCUCUUUAUUGGCGAUAUCGCUCUGAUUGGUUUCAUGAGCAUGCAUGCCUACCAGGAUGUGGAUAAUCUCGAACACUAUGAACUCCCAUUCUUUGGUCGCCUCGCCAAUUCCUUCGUUGACGAUGAAUAAUCUCGCCGUGCUGGUCCAUAUCCUCCAAUACCCUGUCUUAUAACAACGCGCCAGUCGAUAUCCUGGCUCUUUUGCCCUGGGACGCGAUUUCUAUAUCAAAAUCCGCGAUUCCACUAUAUUAAUCUGUACAAGAACAGUUCAUGUCUAUGUCGUUCAUGUGUUUGUUUCUAAUCUGGCUGGCCCUCUGUGUAUCAUGAUUUCUGGUGUUUGCUUUCGAGUCUUUUAGCAUGUCUGCAUACUGAAUGAGCAUCAUUAGUGUUGUUGUUAUAUAUGUCAUUCUUGAAAAUAUUAUACUACAAGAUCUAUCAAAAUCUGUAUAUGAGAAAUAUCAAUUCCCUC